CGAUGGCGACGAAGCUUGGGAUCUAGGGUUCGAUGUUUUUCAAUUCCGGGGAUUUGGGAUAUCAAGGGAUAAAGGAAACAGUGGAUCUAGGGUUUGAUGGUUCUCAAGAGGGAUUUGUUAUUCAUCAGAUCGAGGGAUUUGGGGAGUACCCAAAAAGAAGGCAGAUUUAUGAUUGCGAGAUCGGGGUGGAUUUGGAUGUUGUUUGGAGUAUUGAGAAAGUGUACAGAACUCUGGAACGAGGGGAUAUGGAGGAGCUAUAUCAUUCAAUGAGUUUGGAAGGCUCGGAUCUUUGGUCUAAGGAAGUCAAAGGCGUAUCCUUCUUAGGAAAGUCUUGCUCUGGGUUCAAAGAAUUUUACUUCAUCAAUGGUUCACGGAGAUUACGUCGUAUCAAUUUGGUGGCUCGCUUAGGAUCUUCAUGAUUGAUCUGAAGAUUUUCGUUUAUGAUAUGGAGGAGUUAUUACUGAGGAUUUAUUGGAAGUCGGAGAAGUAUAAGAAAGCUGCGGUUUUGAGGUAACUGAGCAUCACAACAUUCAACAUUUCUCUCGCAAUUCAAUUUCAGCUUUUUAGCACGUCUCUUUUUUCUUUGGUUAACAUGUCUCAAGGUCAACUUGUGGGCAAGGUGGGGAGCAAGAAUGGUCCGGAGAAUAACAUCAAUUUCCUCAUUUUGAUAACUCUGCUAAUGAAAUGGUUAGUGUCGUGUUUUUCUCUGCUACUAGGCGGGAACUUGGGCUCGGCUUGCGUGGACAAGUUAUAGUCCUACUAGCCCUACAACUGGUCCCUUUAAACCAGUUACAAAGGGCAGGAUUAGAGCUGGAUAAGGUCUUCAGGUUGUUCAUUAUGGGGAAGAGGUCUGAGGAGCGAGUAUGGUCAAGAGUAUACUCAGCAGUGAGGGGACAUGUAUUGGCGUUUGUUUGUGAAAUAGGUAUCAGUGCAGGCGUUGGAAAAACAAAAGACUUGGUUGAGCCUAGAAUCUUUCUAUGGAUCAAUAUGUUUUUCUUUUGGUUACUGAAGGUGUCUAGAUGGAAAUCGUAUAGACAUGUGAUUUUUUUCAUAUUCGGUGAUUGGUGUAAUGGUUUAAAGGUGGACUGGGGAAUCAAUUUA